AUGUCCAACAGCAUCUCCACCAGCCAGUUUCUCCUCCUGCCAUUCACAGACACAUGGCAGCUGCAGCUCUUGCACUUCUGGCUCUUCCUGGGCAUCUACCUGGCUGCCCUCCUGGGCAACGGCCUCAUCAUCACCACCAUCGCCUGGGACCACCACCUCCACACCCCCAUGUACUUCUUCCUCCUCAACCUCUCUGUUCUCGACCUGGGCUCCAUCUCCACCACUGUCCCCAAAGCCAUGGCCAAUUCCCUCACGGACAACAGGAGCAUCUCCUACCUAGGAUGUGCUACCCAGCUCUUUUUCUUUGCCUUCAUGCUUGGAGCAGAGAUUUGUCUCCUCACCAUCAUGGCCUAUGACCGCUACGUGGCCAUCUGCCAACCCCUGCACUACGGGACCCUCCUGGGCAGCAGAACUUGUGCCCACAUGGCAGCAGCUGCCUGGGUCAGUGGGUUUCUCAAUGCUCUCCUGCACAUGGCCAGUACAUUUUCAGUGCCCCUGUGCCAGGGCAAUGCUGUGGGACAGUUCUUUUGUGAAAUCCCACACAUCCUCAAGCUCUUCUGCUCACACUUACACUACCUCAGGGAAGUUGGGCUUGUUGUGGUUAGUACUUUUCCAUUUUUGGGAUGUUUUGUUUUCAUACUGUUGUCCUAUGUUGUGAUCUUCAGGGCCAUGCUGAGGAUCUCCUCACAGCAGGGACGGCACAAAGCCUUCUCCACGUGCCUCCCUCACCUGGCUGUGGUCUCCCUGUUUGUGACCACUGGCACCUUUGCCUACCUGAAGCCCCCCUCCAUCUCUUCCCCAUCCCUGGACCUGGUGGUAUCAGUUCUAUACUCAGUGGUGCCUCCAGCAGUGAACCCCCUCAUCUAUAGCCUGAGGAACCAGGAGCACAAGGAUGCCCUCAGGAAAAUGAUCACCACGUAUUUUUCUAAUGCAAUAGCCUGA